AUGGCUGGUACCUUGAAAGAAUUGGCAUCCAACAUUAUCAAGCUCGAGAGAUUUGAUAAAGAAAAUUUCAUUCGUUGGCAAAAACGUGUUCGUUUCCUUCUCACUGCACUCAAAGUGGUCUAUGUUUUGACCACACCAAAACUAUUUGUCAUCAAUCCUGAGGAAGAAACUCUUGAAGGCAUCCGAAACCGUCAGAAUUGGGAGAACGACGAUGAAAUAUGUCGUGGUCACAUCCUCAAUACCAUGAGCGACAGCCUAUUUGAUGUCUACCAUUCAAUUACUACCGCCAAGGAACUUUGGGAUCGUUUGGAGUCCAAGUACACGCAAGAAGAUGCUACAAGUAAGAAGUUUCUUGUCUCGUCUUUUAAUAAUUAUAAGAUGGUAGAUAGUAAGUCUGUUAUGGAACAAUUUAGUGAGAUUGAAAGGCUUCUUACUCACUUCACACAACGCAAUCUACACAUGGAUGAAGCCAUUAUUGUUUGCUCUAUAAUAGAUAAAUUACCACUUUCUUGGAAAGAUUUCAAGAGAGACCUUAAACAUAAGAUAGUGGUUCAAUCGAAGGAUUGA